GGAGGGCGAAGGGAAGGGGAAGGGGAAGGAGGCGCCUGCGGUACCAGAAGACCUAGUUUCCAACAUACGAAUGACCAUCGGCCGCGUCUUCGACUAUAUGUGCGACGUCAUCUCGUGCGCCCCGGAGCAGCUGCGCCAGACGAAGACAGUCGAGGCCAUCAGGCAAGACGAAAGGAUGUCGAGGUUAUCGUCGACUUACUGCGGCGGGGACACCGAGGCACCUGAAGAGUACGCCGUGCUCCUCUGGAACGAUGAGAAGCACACCGUCAUCGAUGUCCGGGACCAGGUAGCUCGCGCAUGCAGCACCACCUUAGCCAAUGGGCUCCGGAAGGCGCAUGAGACAGACAGCAUCGGCAGGAGCAUCUUGAUGUAUCACAAGAGCAUCGAGAAGCUCAUCGAGGUUGCGACGACUCUCGAGAAGAUUAGGGUGACAGUGACGAUCCGCUCUGCUCGUGACACCUUUCGAGAAGAGAUGUGCGGAACUAUGAUCGAGUGGCUCCAGGACAUUUCUGGUUGCAGCGUUGGCGAAGACCACCAUAUCCUGAGGCGGAUUGUGUGCGAAGAGAUGCUCAAGCCAUGGCGCAAGGGGAGCCCGGCUGCGCACGCUAUCGUAGGCAAGGACGGCAUCGAUGACGAAGACUUGAUUGACCGGGAAGAUAUCGAGACCAACGAUUUCUACAUGCAGCAGAGCAGGAUUCUGCUGCAAGCUCGUCUAGCUGCCCGAGAAGCUGAACGAGAGGCUGCGAUGGAGGGCGCGAGCGACGAUGGGGACGAGGAUGGAGACGAAGGUGAUGGCAACAGUAUUGGAAGCGCUAUGGAUGAAGAGGGAGACGACGACGACGACGUCUUAAUGCUUGACGGCCGAAACGAGGAUGUGCACAUGCAAGACUGGCAGCAAGACCAAGCGCUGGAAGAAGACGAGGCCACAAUGGCUGGCUAUCCACCUCCGCCUCCGCCACCUCCGGCUGGCCGCCGGAAUGCGCGAGAGCGCGAACUCACUCCAUCUGACUCCGAUACGGCAGAGCCCCUCAUUGCUCCCACACUGUACGCGAAAGCCCAUCUGGAGAUACCAAAGACUCCGGGUCUGAAGCAGGGCGAGACGGCGCCGCCUCCCAAGCCCGGCCAUUACUGGCUGGUUACGCCCGCCGGCUAUGUUGAACGGGACGACAUUCCGGUCGCGGAAAACCUCUUUGAGCGGGUCCGGCUUGACUGGAUGAUCCUUUUCGAUCUCCGGAUGUGGAAGAAGGUCCGUAACGAUCUGCGCUCGCUGUACAUCUCGACCGUGGUCACCAUCCCAGAGUUCAAGCGCGUGCUUGGGCUGCGGUUUGCCGGUCUCUACACUACCCUUGCGCAGCUGUACCUCAUCAGCGACCGGGAACCCGAUCACUCCAUCAUCAACAUCUCGCUGCAGAUGCUGACCACACCUUCCAUCACGGCCGAGAUCGUCGAGCGCGGCAACUUCCUCACCAGUCUGAUGGCUAUCUUGUACACAUUCCUUACCACGCGUCAGGUUGGCCACCCAUGGGAUGUGGCGUCGAAUGCAGUGCUGUCCUUCGACACCGGGUCUGUCACGAAUAGGAGAAUGUAUCACUUUUUUCUCGAUCUGAAGUAUCUCUUCAGCUCUCCGCACGUCCAAGAACGCCUCAGGACAGAAGAGCGGUACACGAUGCAGUUCCUGGAUCUUGUCAAGCUGCACCAGGGCAUCUGCCCUAAUGUGAGGGCCGUGGGCGAGCACGUCGAGUUCGAAGGGGACAGCUGGAUCAGUGCCUCUCUCGUUACGCGCGAGAUCAAUCGGCUCUGCAGAAAGUUUGCUGAGGCCUUCCGUAACCUCAAAGAACAAGACUCGCUCUGCAUGUCAAGGGUGAUACGGCUCGCGGCGAAGGCGGUCAUCGUCAACUCGAUCGGAGCGGAGCGGCACAGGUUCAGCCAGGCGGAGAUCAAGGAAGAAGUCCGUUUCAAGACUCUCGGCGACUUUGAAUUCGAGGCGCCAGAACGCGAUUUCGAUGUCGUCAGGUUUACGGUGGAAGAAGAGCCCAUCAGCUUCCAUCACGCACUCCACUACACCCUGUCGUGGCUCAUCGAGUGCGGCAAAGCGAUGCCUGUUGAGCAGCUGAGGGCCCUCCUCAGCUUCACGACGCAGGAGCUCACCAUGAAGCCGCGUUCCAUGGGCAGAAAGACAAUGCCGCGGUACGGCGAGUAUGGUCCGGAGGACUACCUGCUGGCGGCCUUUGACUUCCCACUCCGGGUCUGUGCAUGGCUCGCCCAGAUGAAGGCGGGCAUGUGGGUCAGGAACGGCCUCAGUCUGCGCCACCAGGCCGGCACCUAUCGUGGCGUUGGCCAGAGAGACGUUGCGCACCAGCGUGACGUCUUUCUCCUGCAGACGGCGCUGGUCGUCUGCGACCCCAGCCGCGUCCUCGCCUCCAUCGUCGACCGGUACGGUAUGGAAAAGUGGAUCAAGGGCCUCUUCGAGCAAAAGGCCAAGGCUCAGGAUGACACUCAGCACCUGGAUGUCGUUGAGGACAUGAUCCACCUCCUCAUCGUCCUCGUCAGCGAGAGGACUCUGCUCGAGCCGACGGAUGAUCAACAGGGCCCGCACCUUGCAUCCAUGCGCCGCGACAUCACGCACGUCCUUUGCUUCAAGCCCCUCUCUUUCUCCGAUUUGACCCAGAGGCUCCCGGAGAAGUUUCAGGAGCAUGAAGAUUUCCACAGACUACUGGACGAAAUGACAACGUACAAACCACCCGAAGGCCUCAGCGAUGUUGGCAUUUUCGAGCUCAAGCCCGAGUACGUCGAGAAUGUCGACCCGUACAUCGCGCACUACAACAAGAACCAGCGGGAAGAGGCUGAAAUGGCCUGGCGAAAGUGCGUGGCCAAGAAGACCGGAAAGCCGGUAGAAGACGUCGUCUACGAGCCCAAGCUACGGCCCAUCUCGUCGGGGGUGUUUGCUGGACUGGGCGAAUUCACCAGCACCGGCAUGUUCGCGCAGAUCAUCUACUACUCGUUGCUCUACACCCUUGUGUACCCCGGACUGACACCCCAAGUCCCCUCGACACGAGUAGAGACCUUCCUCCAGGUCGUCUUGCAUCUGGUACUCAUCGCCAUUUCCGAGGACAAAUCAAACGACGACCAGCCGCAGCAGGCAUCGUUCAUUGCCACCGCACUCUCGCGGCAAGCCCGCAGCAACUUCAUGCCCGAUGCGCCGCAAGCCAAGACGAUCGUAGCCCUACUGAACCUGAUAGCCUCCAAGGAUGAGUUUAAAGUGUGUCACCCAAAGGUAGCUAUGAUCCUCCGCAGGAUGCGGGAGAAGCGGCCCAGGGUCUUCGAGUCCAGCCGCGAGCGUCUCGGCCUCUCAGUGGACGGCAUGGAAGCAACGUCACCGGCUACGAGCGGCGCGGACGAGGAGCGAGAGCGGAAGAAGCGGGCAGCAUUGGACCGCCAGGCUCGGGUCAUGGCACAGUUCCAGGCCCAGCAGAAGAGCUUCAUGGAGAAGCAGGGCGACAUCGACUGGGGCGAAAUGGAGGGCCUCGAGGACGACGAGGACAUGCCGCCGAUGGAGGAGCACAAGAAGUUCUGGAAAUACCCGUCCGGAACGUGCAUCCUGUGCCAAGAGGACACCGACAAUCGCCGGCUGUACGGCACUUUUGCCUACUUUACCGAGAGCAACAUUCUUCGGCAGACGGACUUCCAGGACGCCGACUUCGUGAGGGAGGCGUACAAUACCCCCGACAAUCUCGAUCGGUCCGCCGAAGCCAUUCGGCCGUUCGGCGUUGCUCACGAGAACCGGCACAUCGUCCACAAGGUAAACCGGCAGGGCGAGACGUUCGAGACAGAGCGCCAGGUCAUUGGCAAGGGCUUCCCGGCGAAGCUGUCUCGCCGGGGCCCGGUGGCGGUUGGAUGUUGUCAUAUCAUGCACUACAGCUGCUUCGAGGCUCACUUUGACGCGACGAUACGACGGCACCACCAACAGAUUGCGCGACACGCUCCAGAGGACACUCGCAGGCUCGAGUUCUUGUGUCCACUAUGCAAGGCGCUGGGCAACGCGUUCCUGCCCAUCAUUUGGAAAGGACAGGAGGAGUCAUAUCCCGGACCGCUGGUGCCAUCGACUUCGUUCUCGUCGUUCCUCGACGCCCAGCUGCACUCUGCCUACUACACGCUGGGAGCAACGCGCCCCCCGGACCAGAUACAAAACACGUUCGCUUCGUACACCGCUAGUCAUAUGGUCAACAACCUCGCGGAGAAGUCAUCGCAGUUGCUGGACGAUGCAUGGGUCGAGGUCGGGCCGCAGUCGGUCUCAACGGGGACGCCUUUUAGUGAAACGUUCUCGAUGGUGUCGGCCUCGGAGUUGGGCCCUCGCGGUCCCACCCCAGACGCGAAUGGCGCGAUGCGAGAGCUGGUCAAUGUAUAUCGGCGGCUAAGGGACACGCUGCAGAAGAACGAUAUCACGUCGCGCCAUCAACCCGAAAUGCGCGAGCAGGAGGCGAAUGAGCUCUACGGCAGUGACGCACUUGCGCGAUCGGUCGGCUUCUCCAUCUCCGCUGUGGAGAUCCAACAGCGCGGCGUCGAGGCUGAGUAUGGCAUGACCUUCCUCGAGAAGAUCCCGGAACAGGUCCUCACGCAGCUUCGCAUCCUCAGCGAAACGGUUACCUCGUUCAUUGCCGUCGGCGGCCUGCGCGAGUCCGGCGAAAACAGGAUCGACACCGAGUACCGCAAAGAUAGCGAGCGUCAGCACUGCCAGCUCUUCAUCAUGCAGUAUCUGGAUGAGGAGACAGAAAACACGCGGUUCCCGGCCAAAUCGUACCCGCCGCUUCUCAGCCAAGAUCCGUUCAUCUUCCUCUGCGAAUGCGUUUUUGGCGUUAUCCCAGCGCAAGGGUUCGAGAUCGCGCACAUGGUUCGCCUCUGUUACCUGGCCGAGAUCACAAAGGUAGCAUACCACCUCGCUCGGAACAUGCGGCCAACGCUCUGGUUCCAGUUCAUCUCUCGACAGCCGAACACGGAUUCCGACAUCACGAACUUUGCAGCUUUCUGUGAGGCGCUUUGCCACAUCGACGUCGAAUACUCCGCGGAUCCCCACGCCGGCAUUGGCCUCCCGAGAUGGGACAACAAAGCCUUCGACCAACCGGGCCUGGACGCGGAGGGAUCGUGGUACACCCUCCUGCGCAAGUAUGCCCUCACAUUCCUUCGCAAGUGCGCCGUGCUCUUGCAUGUGAAGUACGGCGUCGACUUCAACAGCCGCGUCUCGCCCAACCCGGAGCAGCCCGAACUCGAGCGGCUCUCCGAAGCGCUCCGUGUGCCUUCACUCGGGGAGAUGCUCACGGCGCUGACGCCCGACCGGGGUGUGCAGCACGGGUGGCCAGCGUCUACCCCCCGACUCGUCGCAGGCUGGGUCAAGCACCAGGCGUUGUGGCCGUACAACGGCAACGAAGCGGACCUACCGCAAUCGGCCAUCCUCAGCCACCCGGGUAUCUUCGAGCUGGUAGGCCUGCCCAAGAACUAUGAUACGCUCAUCGAGGAGUGCACGCGGCGGCGCUGUCCCAACGGCGGGGAUGUCAAUGACCCAACCAUCUGCCUCUUCUGUGGCGACAUCUUCUGUGGCCAGGCCGUCUGCUGCGCGAAAGAGGUCAAGGAGGGCAGGCACAAGGUCCUCAAGAUCGGCGGGUGUCAACAGCAUAUGAUGGAGUGCCAAGGUAACAUGGGCCUCUUCAUCAACGUACGCAAGUGCUGCGUCUUCUACCUAUCGCGCGUCUCCGGCUCCUUCAGCCAUGCACCGUAUAUCGACAAGUACGGCGAGACGGACAUUGGCCUGCGCUACGGCAGGCAGCUGUUCCUGCAUCAGAAGCGCUAUGAUUCGAUGCUGAGGAACCUAUGGCUGAGCCAUGGCGUGCCGAGCUUCAUUUCUAGGAAACUGGAGGCGGAUAUCAAUCACGGGGGCUGGGAGACUAUUUGAGUUGGGAACGAACUGCUUAUUAAUGGAUGGAAUUCAGCGAGCUUUUUGGGGCGCUUCAGGUUGAUGUGAUAGCUUUGCAUUUGCGGUUUGGGGGUAGGUAUUCAUGCAUCAGGAGAAUUGAGUGUUAUCAUGUCCUAGGAUGAUGUAAUGAGAAGCGCGUAUAGUAUCUACGUAAAGUUUCUACAGAAUGAAAAAGCAGUGGCUUUCAACACAUGGCAUUAGGGGGUGAGGUACUCAGUGGGAAGAGCGAAGUGGU